UAACCGCCCGACACCACCAGCCCAGCGGCCGCGGCGCUGGCCUUUAAUAACCAUGGUGUGAAUGUCGCUGACAUGCCGGCCGGCGUGGGCGGUAUCCAUCGCCGGUUUGACGGCUGAACGUUCGUAGCGGUCUGGGCCAGCGGCGGGAGAGCGUCCGUCUGUCAGUUGGCCCGUCUUGCCGUCAGAGACCGAUCGCCAUGCAGCUGCCAACUGUGCUCCUCGUGUGGGUGGCGGCGACUACGGCAGCGCCCUGGCCACAAGACCCUGGCACCCUCCCAUUGUCACCGCCGACUGCGCGUCCGCCGAUUAUCAUAACGCUGCCGAGACGGAUGCUAAGGCCGACACCGCAGCCGACUCCGGAGCCGACACCGGAGCCGACUCCGGAGCCGACACCGGAGCCGACGCCGCAGCCGACUCCGGAGCCGGCGUCGCCUCCUGCGCUGCCUCUCUGCGGUAAUCUGAAGACCGCUGCGGAGAUGAAGCAGCUGGGCUUCAGCCGCGGCACGGGGGCGUUCUCCUCCUCCUCGUCCAGCCGCGGCUCGGCCAACACCAGGUGCAGGUCGCGCUCCGACACCUCCGAGAACGCCCUGGCAGCCGCCGGCAACGCGGCAGUCACCGGCGCCGGCAACUCCGUCGGCGGAGGCGCGUUCAAACAGGGCGCCCGCGCCAACACAGAGGUCAAGCAGACGCCCGACGGCAUCAGCGUCAACACGGCGACGGGCGGCAGCGGGGUCACCGCCGGCUCCUCGGCCACCAACCAGACCACGGACGCUAAUGGGGGCGUCAACGUGCGUCUGCUGCGGAACGCGCUGCGCCAGGGCUCCGACGGCGGGCUGGUCACCUUCAGCAGCAUCCUGCGAGGUCGGGGCACCUCCUCCAGCGGUCACAGCGGCUCCAGCAGCGGCGACGGCGAGCUGGACGUCAGCAACGAGAGCGGCACCCAGAUCAUCUUCAGCCAGCUGACCACCCCCAGGCCGCGCGGCCACUGAUCAGUGACCGGUGACCGCUGACCGAUCCUCCCGACCGGGCAACAACUAACCAGUGACCAUCCCCCAGACUGACAGUAACCAUCUCCUGACCGGCCAGCUACUGACCAGAGACCACUGACCGACCCCAGACCCAGCGGCGACUGAUCAGUGACCACCCAGCGCCUGACAACCGCCAGACCGACCAGCGCGGCGACUGACCAGUUGACCACCUCCAGACCGACAGUGACUGACCAUUGACCAGCCCUGGACCGACCAUGACCGGGGGCGAAGCAUGCUUCGCCCCCGGUCAUGGUCGGUGCACCUCGAGGUGCACCUCGGAGUUGGAAUGAAUGGAAGUAGAACGAGUGGAGAACGGGCGAAGGACGCCGAACGAGCGAAGAAGGGACAGAAGAGAGCGGAGACCGAGAGAAAAAGGGACAAAGGACCGAGAGAAAAAGGGACAAAGGCGAUCGGAGAAUGUGGACUGUGGAGGGUGGAGCCUCCCCAAAAUAACUAUGUGACCGUAUUGACUGAUAAAGCUUGUCUGUUCGGCAAUAGGCUGCUGAGAAAGUAAGAAAUGAUAGCAAAGUGCAUACUCCAAGGUAUCUCGGCUUGAAAUAUGCAGCCAUUUACGAACUGGCGUUUGUGUGGUGCUCACCUCACGCUGAGUACAAUGCGUACCUACACAGUACACACUGAGCUAGCCUGGAAUCGUGUGAGAGUCCGGUGUGUCACCGCCGGGUUACGUAAGUUGUUGAUACUAAAAAUAUUUGUGUUGCAGGUGGUUGGUACCGUACCCUUCCGUCGAUUGUACACAGACUAAGUUGUAAGAAUAAAUCACCUGUUUGAGACGCCCU